AUCCCCCGUCACCAUAGACUGCACAGCUGAGAUCCUCCCAUUGGGAGGCUAUAGUAAACUCUCACAGGGCAGCCUGCCUGCCUGCAGUGCAAUGGACAGGUCUCCACCCUCAACUACACCAAGUCAUUCAAGGCAAGAAGAAGGGGAUCUCCCCUGCCAGGUCAGUAAAACCACUUGAGCUAAAAACAUAAAGAUGGUAUCACCACUGGGAAAGCCACCUGCUAAAGAUCAUGGUAUCUCCGCUUGUUCUUCCUGCUGUUCUUUACUAGUAUGCCAGAGACUUCCAAGCGCAUAAAAAUCCCUUCAGAAACAAGCUGCAUAAAUUUUUCUCCUUGCAUCUCUGCCAUCCCCUGGGCCAGUAAGCACUGCUCCACUCAGCAUCCCCUCCCAUGCCCCAGCUCUGUGAUGCUGCCCACUCCAGAAAACCCCAUCAUGCCCCCCAACAAUUUCAAACCACCCCUACCUCCUCACUGCCCUUUCUCUGCUUCUCUCCUGGGCAGGCUGGAAGCCCUCCUCCCUCUCUCCAUCAGGCCCCUGCUCCUAGCACCCUCUAUCCUGCUGCAAGGGGCCUGCAGGCCAGGAGACCCCCAGCAGCCAGCUCCUGAUGGGGAAGUGGCUGAGCAAGGCCUGCUACUGCCUGCCCUCUGCCCUGCCUGCAGGGGAGGCACCCAACACACGGCAUGGCUCUGGGGGGAGUGUAGGCCAUCUCACUUCUAUAGCCUGCCCUAUGCAGGCUCUGUACAAGGGCUGGGACUCUGCUCUCUCCUUCCCACAGGUGCCCCUGGAAGAAGGCCACCAGCAGGGUCUCUGUCUUGGAGAGAUGACACAGCAGGGUGAUUUCUCUUCAUUCUGCACAUCAGAGACCAGGGUCAGGCAGGGCACCCUCCAUAGAAAACAUGUUCUGUGCUGGAAGGGCAUCAGGAGGUUGCAGAACUCUCAGGUUCCACCACAGCAGAUCCUAUUCUGUAGCCAAGACCUCUCCAAACCUGACUUUCGUGCCAGCCAGCUCUCCUCCAGAUCCCACAGAAGUGGAGGAGCUGCAGCGCUUCAUUUCCCAUUCCCAGAGGCUCUUUGUAAUGACUGGAGCUGGAAUCUCAACUGAAUCAGGAAUCCCUGACUAUCGCUCGGAGGUAGUUGGACUUUAUGCCAGGACAGACAGGCGGCCCAUCCAGCAUGCCGACUUUGUUCACAGUGCCAGUGCCCGUCAGAGGUAUUGGGCAAGGAACUUUGUAGGCUGGCCCAAGUUCUCCUCUCACCAGCCUAAUGCAGCACACCAGGCCUUAAGGAAUUGGGAGAGCCUAGGAAAACUCCACUGGCUGGUGACCCAGAAUGUGGAUGCCCUGCAUAGCAAGGCUGGAAGUCAGCAGAUGACAGAGCUGCAUGGAUGCACACACAGAGUUUUCUGCUUGGGUUGUGGAGAUCAAACCCCCCGUUCUGAGCUUCAGGAACGCUUUGAAGCCAUGAAUCCCAUGUGGACAGCUGAAGGACAUGGUGUGGCACCUGAUGGGGAUGUCUUCCUCACAGAGGACCAGGUGCGUUAUUUCCGCGUCCCAGCCUGCAGCAAAUGUGGUGGGAUCCUGAAGCCAGAUGUGACAUUCUUUGGGGAUUCUGUGAGCCGUGAAAGAGUGGAUUUUGUGCGCCAGCGCCUGGCUGAAUCAGAUUCUGUGCUGGUGGUAGGAUCCUCUUUGCAGGUGUACUCUGGUUACAGGUUUGCUCUUGCUGCCCAUGAGAAGAAGCUCCCAAUUGCAAUACUGAACAUUGGGCCCACAAGGUCAGAUCACUUGGCAUCCUUGAAGCUGAAUUCCCGCUGUGGGGAGUUGCUGCCUUUGAUUGCCCUGCAGUGAUCCAGGUUCCAAUCCCCACAAGGGAGGCGCCCACACCCAACAAAACUAGAUCUAACUGACUUAAUCCUGGUGGGAUAGACUGGCUGCCUACAGUGAACUUCAGCUGAGGUGCUGAGCAAAUAUUAUUCCUCUUGAUUCUUUUGAGUUUGAGAAUGUUCGGUACCAGGCUCCUUGUGUGCUAGACUUCACUCUUUGUAGUUUUAUGGUCCCUUGGAGUUUCAGUCAGACUCUUACUCUAACAAGGGUGUCAGCAGAAAGCCCUUAGGGGAGUAGCAGGAGAAUCCCAGAGUAGCUGGUCAGAACAGUGAUUAACCUUUGCAUCAGGAUUCUUUUUACAAUGUCUUACCCAGGUCCCUUGAGCCACUGUGACUUCUAGUGGCAGAGCAGACACUACCCCAUGGGACUGAGAACAGCUAAUCAGGAUCCUGAUUUUUAAUGUGUCAAAUUCCCUCUAUAAAGCAGAUCUGGACCUACAUACCUGCAGGUUCCAUUGACCCAGCAUAUCUUAACAGAAGAUAUUUCAACCCAAGAGGGGUCAGAGGUGACACCCAAGGUUCAUUCCUUGAUGGCCCAGCAGAGGGCAGCAAGCCUUUACACAUUUCAGUCGGAUGGGUUUCCUGCACUGAGCGCAGUCUCCAACAGGAAACAUCUCCCAUGAGGUUCUUCUCCUUUCCUUGUCCAUGUAGACUGUGCCUCUGCGCUGCCUUCAUUGGAAAGUGUAUCUUUUGUGUAUCAAAACCCCAACACUUCUCUUACAAUUGUCACCUGGAGGAAAGUGGGAGAAGGACAGUUUAGUGAAAGGAUAUGACGGAUUGGAAAGGGGUUGUGGGUGUUUGGCAGGUGGGGAAUGUAAAGUCAGUAGGUGAGAGAGGGGGGCCUGGGAAAAUGUUAUGAACCGGUUUUGCUGUUCUCUCUGAAUUGGGAGGAAUAUCUAAGGGGAAAGAUUCUCUUUCAUUAGAGAAGCUGAACUAAACCUGGUAAAAGUAGCUGCUUUCCAGAGACAGAUGACUGUGAAGGGCAGGUGACCAGAAUAACAUAUCUCUUCCUGCCAUCAGGGAAUGGGCUGGGCACGUCUAGGCCAGAAGGGGACGCUCUCCAAUUCAGCAACUACAUUCACAUAUUUUUUUAAACAAAAGGGCUGGGAUGCUGCUAGAGUUUUACUGAAUCAAUCUGACAAAAGCUGCUUCUAAUUUAACUCCAUCCCCUUCAGUAUGCACUUUGGAGGGAAUAUGAUUCAAUGGGUAAUUACAUUAAAAGAAUCUUUUACAAGA